UGCAUAUCUUUUUUCUUUUCCUCCUUUUACCGUUGCAAGUAACAACUUGAUUGCUAAAGAGCCUCUCUCUCUCUCUCUCUCUCCCCCGUGUGUGAUGUGUGUGUUGUGUGUGUGAGUGCCUAAUUUGAAUCCAUGAAGAAACUUCUCUUCCAUUUCUCGUCUCUUCUCCACAAAGAGACCAACAAAUUAACUCUACCCUUCAUUUCUGCAACUUUUGGUAAAUUUUCGACCAUUCUCACUUCUGCUGAAACUUCGAAUCAUGAUAUAAAAGAGUUCGAAACCGAAGCUGAAACUUUAUCCAAUUUCAUCAUCAAAGAUACGGACUUGCUCCUUAAAAACCCAAAAAACCCAUCAAAUCUUCGCGUUCUCGACCUCAUUGAUGCCGGCUCUCUCGAACCCACAAUCAGUAUUUACUCCCAGCUUCUAAAACAGUGUACCCAGUUGAAGAAGCUCAAAGAAGGCAAAAUGGUUCACGUUCACUUGAAGGGUUCUAGAUUCAAGGACAACCCUUUCUUCCAAAUUUCAGUCAUUAACAUGUACUGCAAAUGUGGGUGCUUGAUCGAUGCCCACGAAGCGUUUGAUGAAAUGCCUGUUAAAGAUGUGGUCAGCUUUACUGCGCUUAUAACGGGUUACUCACAGAAUGAUCAGCCUAAAGAGGCAUUGGAGUUGCUUCCUAAAAUGCUCGUACUUAGAUUGAAACCUAACGAGUUUACUUUUGCGAGCCUUUUGAAGGCCGCUGGUUCUGCUGAAAGUGUUGAAGUUGGGGAACAAAUUCAUGCUUUAAGUGUUAAAUAUUCUUGCAACUUGAAUGUGUUUGUUGGGAGUUCAUUGUUGGAUAUGUAUGCGCGUUUUGGGAAGAUGGAUGAGGCUUGUUUUGUGUUUGAUCGGUUGGAUUCCAAGAAUGAAGUCUCAUGGAAUGCUCUAAUUGCUGGAUAUGCAAGAAAAGAAGAAGGCGAGAAGGCUCUUAAAAUGUUUGCAGAGAUGAAAAGGAGAAGUUUUGAGCCGACCCAUUUCACUUAUUCGAGUGUUUUCGGUGCUUGUGCGAGCAUGGGGGCAAUGGAGCAAGGGAAAUGGAUUCAUGCCCUUCUCAUAAAAUCCUUGCAAAAGGUAACCUCUUAUGUAGCAAAUACUCUUCUUGAUAUGUAUGCCAAAUGUGGAAGCAUUGAGGAUGCUCGAAAAGUCUUUGAUCAAUUGGAUAAAAAUGAUGUUGUCUCUUGGAAUUGUAUGCUUACUGGAUAUGCUCAACACGGACUCGCUAAACAAACAGUCAGUUUAUCCGAGGAUAUGCUUAAGCUAAAAGUUAAACCAAAUCAGAUUACAUUUCUAUGUGUUCUUACUGCUUGUAGUCAUGGAGGCCUACUAAAUGCUGGCCAGCAUUAUUUCGAAUCAAUGAAGAAGUAUAAAGUAGAACCAGAGAUUGAACACUAUGUAACAAUGGUUGAUUUACUUGGGCGGGCUGGACUUCUUGAUCGAGCUAAAGAAUUCAUUAGCAAGAUGCCAAUGAAGCCGACUGCUGCAGUUUGGGGAGCUUUGCUUGGAGCUUGCAGGAUGCACAAAAAUGCGGAACUAGGUCAAAUUGCUGCAGAAAGAGUUUUUGAGCUCGAUCCAUUCGAUUCAGGGCCUCAUGUUUUGCUAUAUAACAUCUAUGCUUCAGCUGGGAAAUGGAUCGAUGCAGCUCGAGUGAGAAAAAUGAUGAAAAAAAGUGGGUUAAGAAAAGAGCCAGCGUGUAGUUGGGUAGAGCUAGAGAAUACAGUUCAUAUGUUUGUGGCCGAUGAUGAUUCACACCCACAGAUUAAAGAGAUACAUGAAAUGUGGGAAAUUAUAGAUAUGAAGAUUAAAGAAGCUGGAUAUGUUCCAGAUACAAAUUACGUGCUUCUACAUGUUGAUGAGCAAGAGAGAGAAGCUAGAUUGCAGUAUCAUAGUGAAAAACUUGCUCUCGCAUUUGCAUUGUUGAAUAUGAAUCCUGGGGCGACUAUUCGUAUUAUGAAAAAUAUUAGGAUUUGUGGCGAUUGUCAUUCUGCGAUAAAGCUUGUUUCUAAGGUGAUGGGGAGGGAGAUCAUUGUGAGGGAUACAAAUAGGUUCCAUCAUUUUAAAGGAGGAUCUUGUUCUUGUAGUGAUUACUGGUGAUAUAAAUGAAAUUUUUUGAAAU